AAAAAGGAGCCUGCUUAUUUAAUGGAGAAGAAUCCUUUAAGUUCUAUUUUGUACUAUGAUGUUGAGCGUCUGUGUACAGAAUGUGUUGAGAGAAAUUUUCAGGGAGACUCUAAUACAGUCAAUGCUGUUGUGAGUCAAGCCACUUAUCAAGUUGUCUGGAGUUCAUUCGUCAAGUGGUGCCAGAGCCAGAUCGAGCUUGGAAGAGCAAUCAAUAUCAAUAAUUUUGGGUCCAUUGGAUUCUCUAUGAAAAACAACAAGAUCAUCGAAGUUGAACUAUCAGAAUCUUUCAUGAGCCAAUACGGACUGAUGUGGAAUGAAGCUAUGGAAGAAGGAAAGACUAGAGAUGCAGCUUCUAAGCCUAGUGCUAAGCCUAACUAUAACGCUAUGGCUAAAAUCUCAGGGAAAGAUAAACAGACAGUCCAAGUAUCGCUAAACAACAUGUUCCAGUUGAUUGGAGAACUUCUUUCUGAGAGUGGAAAUAUUGAAGUCAACCUUGGAGCAUUAGGAAAAUUCAGCUCUAUCAAUAGAUCUCUUAUCUAUUCAUCUAUGAAUCCUCAUAAGCCAUCAGCCUUGCAUGGAUAUCAGACCGUUAAAGGUUUGAUGGAUCUUGGACAUGAAAAUACUUUCCCAAAGGGAAAACCAGGAAAACUAGAUCCACUCGGCAAUCCUUCAAACGGAAGUGGAUAUGAAGAAAGCAAAGGGUAUAGCCAAGAACUAGGUGGGCAAUUCAGUGGCUCUUUUAAGAGCAAAACACUUGGAAUUACAUCAUCGCCAACAAGAAGAUUCAAAAAGCCAAGAGGAGAUGGAAAGAUCAUUAAUACUCUCCUUAGUGCUGGAGAUAACCCAGAAGCAAAGGAUCAUGAGUUCUCUAUGAUGGCUUCUGAUGCUGCUUCAUUGAUGUCUCAUAACUUUAGCAAGCCAGGAAGAGCUAUGUCUAGAUUCCCGCCAGUAAUCGACUCGUUUAGUAGAACUUUGGCUGCUCCUAUUUCUUCACUGAGACACUACCUUUCUGUGAGCCACAGAAUUGGAACUAACUUCACACCUUCCUCGAAGGGAUACUACAUCGAUAUUGAUCACAGAAGUAUCAAAUACAAGAAUAUUUUCGGGAAAUCAAAGCUAUUCCUCAGCUCUGACAAAGAAAUCAUUGAGCCUGCUGACGAACUUGAAGAAUAUGAGUCUUUGAUGAAGCCAGAUUCACAAGACGAAGAAAGAAUCAUUGCUAGGAAGAACUCUUACAUCAGAUAUAUGCAAUAUAUUGAUGAAGAAAUUCCAGUGGAUGUAAUUGCUCCCAUCAGAGUGUACUGGAUCAACCACAUUUUGGAGCUUAUCCCUGCUGAUCUUCACGCUAUUGACCCUUCAAGAGUGACUUCUUUAGUUGAUGAAAUGCUCAAAGAAAUGAAUGAGAACUACUAUAAUGCUGUAAAGAAGAGCAUCCUUGAUUACAUCCUUAAAGAUGAAAAUGAAAUGAAGAGACUUGAAAUCUACCAAGUACUCAACUGCCCAAUUGAUUGGGGAGACAACUAUUACACUGGAAUUGAGCCAGAAGAAGAAUGGAAACAGAAUGUAAUGAUGGCUAGGAUGCUCAUGAGUGAAAAUCUCUGCAUUUGCAGCCAAGCUACACUUAGCUUGAUGAGUCUCUGGCAAGACUACGAGAACCUUCUGUUUGUAAGCUUACCAGGCCCAAGAAAAGAGCCAGUCAGUCUUGAAACCUUCACUAAGGCCCAACAUGAUAAAGCCAUUGAUUUAAAGACUAAACUUUCUUCAGAGUGGAAUAAGAAGGUUGUUGAUAUUCUUAGAAAAGAACUUGAGAGUAUGGAUGGAGAACAGACAAAGACUUUCUUUGAGUCUGUAGGAACUCUCAUGGCAAACCAAGUCAGAGAUAUUGUCACUAAGAGUAUCGACUCUUAUGUAGAUUUCUUUGAGAGAUUCAGGAAAGGUACUUAUCCAACUCCAAAAGAGAUCAUCAAGAGAGAAUAUGACCCAGAUACUCCAUUUGAAGAUAAUUUCUUGACACUCAGAUUAGUGAUCAGUGGUCAGAACAUUUCCUUUGAGAACAGACUUCAUGAUGUUCAGAAGGAUCUCACCAACAUUGUUGAGCAAAUUGUGAAUCAGUCUCAGAACUUGCCAAGACCAGAGAACACAAUCUCAAAGGCUGAAAAGAUGCACCUGUGGGCUGUUCAAAAAGAUGAUGAGAUUGUCAAGAUUGCUAAGAGCAAGAUUGAAGACAUUAUUGAACAAAACAUUAACGUAGUCGAGCAAUGCUACAGUAUUUAUGAUGAAUUUAUUUUCAUCCUCAAGGAAGAUGCUAGACUUGAAGACUUCGCCUCCAAGAACCAAGACAAGGAUGCCUUCAUUGAAGAGAUUAAUAAGUACAAAGCUACUAUUGAAAGAAUUAAGGAAGAAUUACCAUUUGAAAUCAGAAUGAACAUGUUCUUGAUUGACUGUAAUGAUCUGAAGAAUGAGCUGAUCAGCAGAUGUGAAGACUUAAUCAAUAAAACUCUUGAUCAUAUCUCCAAACAUAUUAUUCUCACAAGUAACAACAUCCAGAACACUUGCAGGGCUAAAAAUACCACCUUCCAGGAAGACAUUAAGACUCCAGCAAAACUUGUAGAGAUCGAAAGAGAAUUUGAGAAAUACAAAGAUAUUGAGAAACAUGAGAUUACAAAUGAUUACAUGAAGGUUGUAGAAUGGCUCAUGACUCUUAACGAGUAUCCAUCUUACAAAGCUUCUGAGGAUGAAAUCAAACCAGUUGUUGAAGCAUAUUCUAGUACCAGAGAUAUUGAGAGAAAUAUUGACAAAUGGGAAAAUGAUCUAAAAGACACCCGUCUUAAACUAGAACAAGAAGUCAAGCAGCAGAGAAUCAAAUUUAUUGAGAAUCUUGAAGAAAUAAAGAAGGAUAUUGAAGAUUUCAAGGAAUAUAGAGAAUUCGAUCAAGUUGAAACUUAUACAGAAAAGAUUGAGGUUCUGAAUAACAGACUCGCAUUUUGUGAAACUGAAAGACUUGAUAUCAACAAGCAAGAAGAAACUCUCGAAUUUGAGAUCACAGAAUUCGACCAAGUUACUAAACUUCAAACUCAACUGAAACCAUUCGAUUCCCUCUGGAACUUAGUAGCUGAGAGGCAGAAAUAAUAUUUUCGAUGACUGGAGAAAGAAUCCCUUUGCUGGACUCAACCCAGAAGAAGUCUCCAAGGAUCAUAAGAGAAUGCUCCAGCUGUCUAAUGGCUUGAAGAAUAGCUUUGAGAAGGAGCAUCUAGACAACCCUAAAGCUGUUGCUACAAGUGUUCAUACGACUCUGAUGGAGUUCCGAAAGUUCCUUCCAAUCAUUGGUGCUAUCUGCACAGAAGGACUUAAGGAUAGGCACUGGAACAAGAUUCAUGAACUGUUGGGCAACGUCAGCAAGAACAAAGACAACAUCAACUACAAUACCGUCAACUUUGCUCUGACAUCCAACCCAGGAGCCGAGAAAGAAAUUGUGGAUGCUCUUGAAGAAGCCGCUGACACAGCUUCCAAAGAAUACAAGAACGAGACCAUGAUGAGGUCGAUGAAAGCAGACUGGCAAGAAGUCAACUACCUCUGCAAGAAAUGGAAACACUCCUUCAUCUUGGAGGGAGAAGCCGUUGAAGAAAUCCAGACUUUCCUUGACGACCAUAUCGUGAAGACGCAGACGAUGAAAGGGUCUCCAUACGCUAAGUUUAUGCUCCCAGAGAUCCUCGAGUGGGAGAAGAAGCUGCUCAACUCUCAAGAUAACUUGGAGGUGUGGCUCAAAGUUCAAAGCAUCUGGCUGUAUCUGGCUCCUGUGUUCAGUUCUGAAGAUAUCAUGAAGCAGAUGCCUGUCGAAGGUAGGAACUUCAAAGAAGUUGACAGAGCCUGGAAGAACCUCAUGGUCAGGAUCAACGAAAAUCCAGCUGCGCUAACAGUAAUGGACAUUGAAGAGCUUGGAGAAAUCUUAAACUGAGCAAAUGCGAAGCUUGAGCAAGUCCAGAAAGGUCUGAAUGAGUACCUUGAAUCGAAGAGAAAGUUGUUCCCAAGAUUCUUCUUCCUCUCAAACGAUGAGUUGUUGGAAAUUCUUUCAGAAACCAAGGAGCCUCUCAAGGUGCAGCCCCACUUGAAGAAAUGUUUUGAAGGUAUUGCGUCUCUUGAGUUUGAUGAAGAGAAAAAGAUUCACGGGAUGUACUCAAGCGAGAAGGAACAUGUCCCAUUCAAAAACAUCAUCGACCCAAUUGCGGCAAGAGGAUGUGUUGAGCAAUGGCUUUCUGAGGUUGAAGAGACCAUGAUUAAGUCAGUCAAAGAAGUUUGUGAAAACUCAGUCCACGACUAUCCUCAAAAGCCAAGGGACAAAUGGAUCCUAAACUGGCAAGGCCAGGCUGUCUUGUCAGGAUCAAUGAUUUACUGGACAGAAGAGUCUGAAGCUGCGAUGAACAAUGCCGGAGUCCAAGGACUGCAGGAUUACCUCAAGACUUUGACAGAUCAGCUUCACGAUACUGUUGCAGUUGUCAGGACAGAAAUAGAUAAACUACAAAGAUGCACUCUGGAAGCUCUGAUUGUACUGGAUGUGCACAACAAGGCUGUUAUCGAGGAAGACCUGAUUGAGAACAACAUUAACGAUCCGAAUGAAUUUUCCUGGCUUGCUCAGCUUCGGUACUACUGGAUGGACAAUGACUGCUGGGUCAAGAUCACCAAUGCUGUUCUUGAAUACAAUUAUGAAUAUCUAGGAAACUCACCAAGACUGGUUAUUACUCCCCUCACAGAUAGGUGCUACAGAACAUUAUGAGGAGCAAUCCACUUGAACUACGGAGGUGCCCCAGAAGGACCAGCCGGAACAGGAAAAACAGAGACUGUUAAAGAUUUAUCAAAAGCCCUGGCUAGACAGUGCGUGGUCUUCAACUGCUCGGAUGGUCUUGAUUACCUCCAAAUGGGAAAAUUCUUCAAAGGCCUUGCUUCUUGCGGAGCAUGGAGUUGCUUCGAUGAGUUCAACAGAAUUGAGCUGGAAGUGCUGUCAGUUAUUGCUCAGCAACUGCAAGCCAUUCAGAAAGCUGUGGACCUCCGCAAAGAGAAGUUCGACUUCGAAGGAUCAAUUAUCCCACUGAAGUUCACCUGUAACUGCUUUAUUACCAUGAACCCAGGUUAUGCCGGACGAGCAGAAUUGCCAGACAAUUUAAAGGCUUUGUUCAGAACAGUGGCAAUGAUGGUCCCUGAUUAUGCUCUGAUUGCAGAAAUUGUUUUGUAUUCUUUCGGUUUCACUGAAGCCAAGCCUCUGUCAGGAAAAAUUGUAACAACCUAUAAGCUAUGCUCGGAGCAGUUGUCAAGUCAAAAGCAUUAUGAUUACGGAAUGAGAGCUGUAAAGUCAGUCCUGACUGCAGCAGGUCAAUUGAAGCGAAAGUACAUGGAUGAGAAUGAGAGUAUUCUUCUGCUCAGAGCUAUCAAUGAUGUCAAUCUAGCUAAGUUCCUUGUUUACGAUGUGCCUCUGUUCAAAGGUAUCACAAGUGAUCUGUUUCCAGGAAUUGAACUGCCAACCCCAGAUUAUGGGCAUCUGACCACUGCUAUUAAAGAGCAAUGUGAGAAGAAAAACUUACAAGCCAUUGAUUACUUUAUGACCAAGGUUACACAGCUUUAUGAGACUAUUUGUGUCAGACAUGGGCUCAUGAUUGUUGGGCGGCCAUUCUCAGGAAAAUCAUCAGCCAUUAAUGUUCUGGCUGAUGCUCUUACUUCUCUGAACCAGCAAGGCUUGAUGGAUGAAUACAAGACAAUCACUUCCGUAUUGAAUCCAAAAAGUGUCAGUAUGGGCCAGCUCUAUGGUAACUUCGAUGAGAUUUCUCAUGACUGGAGUGAUGGCGUCCUGGCGGUUCUGUACAGAAACUUUGCCAACAAUCCUGACGCCGAGAUCAGAAAGUGGCUCGUCUUUGAUGGUCCUGUCGAUGCGAUCUGGAUCGAAAACAUGAACACUGUCCUUGAUGACAACAGGAAAUUGUGUUUGAUGAGUGGCGAAAUUAUUCAGAUGAGCCCAAACAUGAACUUGAUAUUCGAGCCAAUGGAUUUGGACGUUGCUUCCCCAGCUACUGUAUCAAGAUGUGGAAUGAUCUUCCUCGAGCCAGAACUCAUGGGAUGGGAGCCAAUUUUCAGAUCAUGGCUACAAGAAUUGCCUGAAGCAUUCGGAGAAGAAGUCAUCAAAGCUAUUGAAGAUCUAGUAAACUGGUUCAUUCCUCCACUCAUAGAAUUUGUCAGAUACAAAGCUCAUGAAACUACUCCCACACAAGACCAGAAUUUGGUCAGAAGUUGCCUCAGAAUUCUCAGAGUGCUCAUCAAGAGCCUCGAAGAUGACAAGAGCAAGCUCGAGCUUCCAGCCAAGGAAAUUAUAACUAUCAUUGACGGUGCAUUCAUGUUCUCAAUUACCUGGUCAGUCUGUGCUUCAGUCACAACCGAAUAUCGUAAGGCAUGCAAUGACUGUGUCAAGAAGCUACUCUUGGGUGACCUCGACACAGGGGUCAAACCACUUAAGAAAAUAGUAUUCCCAGAUAGAGGAACAAUUUAUGACCACAUUUACUUACCUUCUGAGAACAAGUGGAAGAACUGGAAUGAACUGAUUGAUAAAGACCAGAAGAUCCCUAGAGAUGCAUCUCCUCAAGUUGUCAUCAUAACCACUUCUGAUAAGAUGAAGUACAGUUGGCUCCUCGAAACCUUUGUUAAGAACCGGAUCCCAACUCUGUUCGUUGGCCCGACAGGAACUGGAAAGUCUAUCUAUAUCCAAAAUGUGCUCCAGAAUGUUCUCGAUAAAGACAAGUUUACUACGAUCGAAGUCGGAUUCUCAGCUCAGACUUCAGCCGUCCAGACUCAAGGCAUCAUUGAUGGAAAGCUAGACAAAAGAAGAAAGGACCACUUCGGCCCGAGGUUCGGAAUGGAAUGUGUUAUUCAUGUUGACGAUCUGAACAUGCCAAAGAAAGAAUUCUAUGGGGCUCAGCCACCUGUUGAACUCCUCAGACAAUUCCUCGAUCAAGGAGGAUGGUUCGACCUUGCUGAUAAUAAGCACCCUUUUAGAAAUAUCAUUGACACUAUGCUAGUCUGUUCAAUGGGACCCCCAGGAGGAGGUAAGACUUUCAUCACUCCGAGAAUGCAGAGACAUUUCAACAUUGUCGCCUUUACUGAUGUUGAUGACCACGUUCUAACUUAUAUUUUCAAGACAAUCUUGGCUUGGUGGUUCGACUCUAGAGGAUUCAGCCAAGAUGUGGCCAGAAUGGACGAAAAAAUUGUUGCUGGAACUAUGAAGAUCUACACUAAUAUCCAAGCAGACCUAAAGCCCACCCCUGCGAAGUCACAUUACACCUUCAACUUGAGAGAUAUCUCCAAAGUGAUCAAUGGAAUCUGUAUGGUGGAGAAAGCCAAAUGCACCACUGUGGACACAGUGAUCAGACUCUGGGCUCACGAGACCAUGAGAGUCUUCGGAGACAGACUCAUCAACGAUGACGACAGAAUGUGGAUGCUCGAAGCAGUGAAGGACACAGUCAGGGCUCCUUUCUCAGCUAGUUUUGACACCACUUUCAGACAUCUCGAUAUUGAUGGAGAUGGAAAAGUAGACAAGCUAGACGAAAUCAGAGGUCUGCUGUUUGGAGACCUCAUGGUUGGAUACGGAAUCCAAGAAAGACCAUAUGAAGAAAUCCUUGAUAUCGAAGCCUGCAUUGCCUCAAGCAAUGAUGCUCUGGACCAGUAUAACUUGAUGACCGACAAGCCGAUGAACUUAGUGCUAUUCAGGUUUGCUGUUGAGCAUCUGAUAAGAAUUUCAAGAAUCCUGAAGCAGCCAGGCUCUCAUGCCUUACUUGUUGGUGUUGGAGGUUCUGGAAGACAAUCUCUGACCAGACUCGCAUCAAAGAUCUCUGGCUUCCAAGUUCAGCAAAUCGAGAUCAAGAAGCAAUAUGGAAUGAACGAAUGGAGAGAAAACAUCAAAGAAAUCCUCAGAGAUUGUGGAGGAAAAGGGGAGAUAACCACAUUCCUGUUUACUGAUUCACAAAUUAAAGAAGAAGGGUUCCUCGAAGAUAUUAAUAAUAUCUUGAAUACUGGAGAAGUUCCGAACCUGUUUCCAUCAGAUGAAAAGGCAGACGUCUGUGAAUUGGUCAGGCCAGCUGCUAAAGCUGAAAACAGAGCUCCUGAUGGAACUCCAGCUCAGCUGUUCUCAUUCUUCGUUGAGAAAUGUAGAAAGAAUUUGCACAUUGUGUUGUGUUUCUCUCCUAUCGGAGAAGCUUUAAGAAACAGAAUCAGAAACUUCCCAUCACUGGUAAACUGUACGACCAUCGAUUGGUUCUCUGAGUGGCCGCCAGAUGCUUUGGAUUCAGUGGCUAAGAAGUUCCUGUCGGAGAUCGAGAUGGACCCUUCGACCAGGGAUCAGUGCGCGCUCAUGGUGAAAUAUUUCCAUGAGUCAACUGUGAGAUCAUCGGUGACAUUCUUGAACAACUUGAAGAGACAUUACUAUGUGACUCCGACCUCGUACCUCGAAAUGAUUUAUACCUUCCAAGAGCUGCUGAAGAGCAAGAGGCAGGAGAUCCUUGGACUCAAAGAGAGAUACGAGAACGGAUUCGAUUGUCUGAUCAAGACCGGAGGAGAAGUCAGUGAAAUGCAGAAAUACCUGGAGGAGCUCAAGCCCCAGCUUAUUGCAACUUCCGAGGAGACUGACCAGAAAAUGAUCACUGUCACCAAAGAGAAAGGGGAGGCUGACAAAAUUGCUGAGAAGGUCGGAGUCGAAGAAGCUGAAGCCCAGAAAAUUGCAGCCGAAGUGUCAGCUAUUAAGGAUGAUUGCGAAACCGAGUUGAAUAAAGCCAUGCCAGUUCUCCAGCAAGCUGAGAAAGCACUGAAGUGUAUUACUAACCAGGAUAUUAGUUAUGCUAAGAAACUCCCUGAGCCACCUGCAGAUGUAAGAAUGGUGCUCGAAGCUGUAUGUAUCCUCAACAAGAGAGCCCCAAAGAAAACCUUGGAUCCUAACACUCAGAAGCCUGUGUAUGAUUACUGGGAUACCUCCAAGAAAAUGAUGAAUGAGAUUGGUUUCCUCAGAAGUCUGGUUGAUUACGAAAAAGAGAAGAUCGAAGAAAAGACUAUCAAUGCACUCCAGAAGUAUAUUAAGAAUCCGAAGUUUAACAGAGAGCAUCUCUCUGGAGUAUCAGCGAUUGCUGCCAACCUUGCUGACUGGGUCAUCGCAAUGAAUGAGUUCUAUAAUGUCAACCUGAUUGUGAAGCCAAAGCAGGCUGCCCUAGCAAAGGCUACCAAAGAAAAUGACAUCGUCAAAGCAGAACUCGCUGUUAAGCAAAGAGAGCUCAAGGAAGUUAUGGAUAAAGUCCAGCUCCUCGAAGAUGACCUCAACCUUACUAAGCAAAAGAAGGAAGAUCUUGAGAACCAAGUCGAAGACUGUACUCAGAAAUUAGACAGAGCUCAGAAGCUGAUCGGAGGGCUUGGAGGAGAGAAAAAGAGAUGGUCCGAAACUGCAGCCAACCUGAAGGUAGUUUAUACUAAUUUGACUGGUGAUGUGCUUGUAUCUUCAGGGAUGAUUGCAUAUCUUGGAGCAUUCACCAGCGCUUACAGAAGCGAACUCACAACUGACUGGGUUGCUAAUUGCUUACAGAGAGAAAUUCCUUCAUCUGGAAAAUUUAACAUCAACUCUGUGUUAGGAGAUCCCGCUGCCGUCAGAAAUUGGACAAUUUUCGGACUCCCUUCAGAUCAAUUCUCGGUUGAAAAUGGUAUUAUUACGUCAAAAGCAAGGAGAUGGCCUCUAUACAUCGAUCCUCAGGGUCAGGCAAACAAAUGGAUUAUUAACAUGGAAAGGGAAAGAGAAAUCAAGAUCAUUAAAUUCACAGAUUCUGACUAUAUGAGAACUCUUGAAACAUAUAUUCAAUUCGGAAAACCGGUUUUGCUUGAAAAUGUCGGAGAAGAACUUGAUCCAUCAAUUGAGCCGCUGCUUCAGAAGCAGAUUUUCAAGAAAGGAUCGACAUGGAACAUUAGGUUUGGGGAUAGUACGAUUGAGUAUUCACCCGAUUUCAAAUUCUACAUUACAACAAAACUUAGAAAUCCUCAUUACCUGCCCGAAACCUCAACAAAGGUGACUCUGCUAAACUUCAUGAUCACCUACGAAGGUCUGAGCGACCAGCUUCUCGGAAUCCUGGUGGCCAAGGAAAAGCCUGACCUUGAAAUGGAGAAAGAAAAACUUGUUAUCAAUGGCGCCAAAAACAAAGAACAGUUAGAAGAGAUUGAAAACUCCAUCCUACGAACUCUCCAGAACUCAGAGAACAUCUUGGCUGACUCUAAAGGAGUCAAGGUCUUGUCUGAAGCCAAGGUUCUUUCUGAUAAAAUCACCAAAGAGCAAGCCGAGGCUGAAAUCACUGAGAAAUCUAUCGAUGAAGCCAGGCUCGAGUAUGAGCCAGUAGCUCUGAGGACUUCUGGACUGUUCUUCUGUAUCUCGGAUCUCGCCAACAUUGAUCCGAUGUACCAGUACUCCCUUGCAUUCUUUAUCUUCUUGUUCACUUCAGCCAUUCAGAAUUCUGAGCAGAGUGAUGAAAUCGAGGAAAGGCUGAAGUUCCUGAACGACGAGUUCUUAAUUUCUCUGUACAGAAACAUUUGCAGGUCUUUGUUCGAAAAAGAUAAACUCAUUUUCUCAUUCCUGCUCAAGGCUAAGCUUAUGGAAAUGGCUAAGGAGCUCGACCAAGAGGAGUGGAGAUUCCUCUUAACUGGAGGUAUCUCACUCGGAGAAAAGCUUCCUCCACCUCCAGCUGACUGGCUCGAACAGAGAUCAUGGGGAGAACUAUUGAGAAUGUGCAAGCUUCCAGCUUUCAAAGGAUUCCAAGAAGAUUUUGAAGCUAACAUUGACCAAUUCGCUGAACUGUAUGAGUCAUCUAAUCCGCAAGAACUCGAGAUUCCAGGGGGAUGGCAUGAGAAAUUAUCACCAUUUAACAGAAUGAUUGUGAUCAGAUGCUUGAGACCAGAUAAAGUCAUUCCUUCUGUGUACAACUUUGUGAGAGAUAACCUUGGCCAAGAAUUCACUGACCCACCUCCAUUUGACUUGAAGUCUAUCUACAGCGACUCUACUGCUACGACACCACUAAUCUUUGUGCUAUCGCCAGGUUCAGAUCCAAUGAAUUCUUUGCAAAACUUUGCUACUUUGAAGAAGAAGCAGUUGACAGCUGUCUCACUUGGACAAGGGCAAGGACCAAUUGCUCAAAGACACAUCAAGGAAGGAGUCGCAAAUGGCCAUUGGGUCGUCUUGCAGAACUGUCACUUGGCAGUCACAUGGAUGGGGACUCUCGAAAAGAUUUGUGAAGAGCUUUCUCCUGACCCAAAGAAGACCAACAGAGAGUUUAGACUCUGGCUUACAUCCUACCCAUCUAAAGAUUUCCCAGUGGCUGUCUUGCAGAAUGGUAUUAAGAUGACUAAUGAACCACCGAAAGGACUCAAAGCGAAUCUGUUGGGAUCAUACAACAUCGACCCAAUUUCAAACAAGGACUUCUUCGAGGCUUGCAAAAAGCCAAAGGAGUGGAGGAAAUUACUAUUUGGACUGUGCUUCUUCCAUGGAGUAAUCCAGGAAAGAAGAAACUUCGGACCCCUUGGAUGGAACAUUCCUUACGAAUUCAAUGAAUCUGAUCUCAGAAUCAGCGUAAAGCAAGUCCAAAUGUUCCUGAACGAAUACCCAGAGAAAGUUCCAUUUGAUGCCAUCAAGUACUUGACAGGAGAGUGCAACUAUGGAGGAAGAGUAACUGAUGACAAAGAUAGAAGACUUAUCCUCUGCCUCUUGGACGACUACUACACUGAAAAGAUAUUUGACGACGACUACAAGCUGAGUCCUUCAGGCAUUUUCUAUGCUCCAAAGAUUGGCGAUUAUGAGUCCUACAUUGAGUAUAUCAGGUCACUGCCUGUUGCUCCAACACCUGAAGUAUUUGGACUCCACGACAAUGCAGACAUUACGAAGGAUAGGAACGAAACAAACCAGACAUUUGAAGCUAUCCUGAGCACACAGAACAGUGAAGGAGGCGGGGAAUCUGUGUCGGUUGAAGGCAAAAUUAUUGAAGUCGCUACUAAGAUCCUUUCUGACUUCCCAGAGGAAUAUGACAUCAGAGCCGCUGAGGAGAAAUAUGCUGUAUCUUAUAAACAGUCAAUGAACACUGUGCUUACACAGGAACUUCAGAGAUUUAAUGGAUUGAUAAAAAUCAUCAGGAGCUCUCUUUCGGAUCUUAAGAAGGCUAUUGCUGGAGAGAUCUUGUUAUCGGCAGAACUUGAAACUGCAAUGCUCUCUAUCUUUGAUGGUAAAGUUCCAGAACUAUGGAUGAAGAGCUCUUUCCCAUCUUUGAAACCUUUAGGAGGAUAUGUUAUAGAUACCAAAGAAAGAUUAGCUUACUUCCAAAAAUGGCUAGAUGAAGGAAUUCCUAAAUUGUUCCAUAUUUCUAAAUUCUACUUUACACAAGGAUUCUUAACUGGUGCCAAACAGAAUUAUGCUAGAAAGACCCGAAUCCCAAUUGAUGAGCUUGACUUUGAUUUUGAAGUUAUUCAAGAAGAUAAUCCUCCUGCUCCAGUUGAUGGUAUCAACAUCAUUGGUCUUUACUUGGAAGGAUGCAGAUGGGACGAUGAAACUAGACUUUUAGGGGAAUCAAAACCAAAAGUUCUCUUCGAUAAGUGUCCAAUCAUCUGGUUGAAUCCUAGUAGAAUUAAGGAAAUGAAGAACUUCCCUCACUACAGUUGUCCAGUUUACAAGACUAGUGCUAGGAGAGGUACUUUAUCGACCACAGGUCACUCCACCAAUUUCGUCAUGCUCAUCAAGCUACCUUCAGAUCAGCCUGAGGCACAUUGGAUCAAGAGAGGUGUAGCUUUGUUGACCCAACUUGAUGAUUAAUUUCCAUUUUACUUACUUACAUCAGAUUCAAGAUA